AUGACAACCGAAAGUUGGAAAAAUCAACUCAACAUACCCACCAAAGAUUCACGUCCGCAGACAGACGAUGUGGUUGGAUCCAAAGACGCAACAUUCGAAAGUUUCAACCUCAAAAGAGAAUUACUCAUGGGCUUGUUUGAAGCAGGAUUCGAGAAACCUUCCCCAAUUCAAGAAGAGGCGAUUCCAAUUGCAUUGAUGGGCAGAGACAUAUUGGCACGUGCUAAAAAUGGUACUGGUAAGACAGGUGCCUUUGUAAUUCCAACUUUAGAGAAAAUAAAACCAAAGGUGGAUAAAAUCCAGGCUUUAAUCUUGGUACCAACUAGAGAAUUGGCAUUACAGACUGCACAUGUUGUCAAAACUUUUUCCAGACAUAUGGGAUUGCAGGUCAUGGUUACCACUGGUGGUACUUCAUUAAGGGAUGAUAUUGUUAGAUUACACGACCCGGUUCACGUCUUGGUAGGAUCCCCAGGUAGAGUCCUAGAUUUGGCAGCUAGAGGUAUCGCUAAAUUGGAUUCGUGUAACAUGUUUGUCAUGGACGAAGCAGAUAAGAUGCUAAGUCCUGAAUUCCAAAACAUUGUUGAACAAAUUCUAUUAUUCUUACCUUACAAAAACUCUCCAAAUGGUAAAAUCAAAGACUAUCAAACUUUAUUAUUUAGUGCAACAUUUCCAAGAACCGUUGAAGCCUUCAUGAAGAAACAUUUAUACAAACCUUAUGAAAUCAAUCUAAUGGACGAACUAACCUUAAAAGGUAUAACCCAGUAUUACGCAUUCGUUGAUGAAAAACAAAAGUUGCAUUGUCUUAACACUUUAUUUUCCAAAUUACAGAUUAACCAGGCAAUUAUAUUUUGCAACUCUGCUAAUAGAGUAGAGUUAUUGGCGAAAAAAAUCACAGAAUUAGACUAUUCAUGUUAUUAUUCUCAUUCAAGAAUGAAACAAGCUGAUAGAAAUAAGGUCUUUCAUGAAUUUAGACAGGGAAGAGUUAGAAACUUAGUUUGUACAGAUUUACUAACUAGAGGUAUAGACAUUCAAGCUGUUAAUGUUGUCAUCAAUUUCGAUUUCCCUAAAAAUGCAGAAACUUAUCUUCACAGAAUUGGUAGAUCUGGUAGAUUUGGCCAUUAUGGUCUAGCAAUUAAUUUAAUCAACUGGAACGAUAGAUUUAGCUUAUAUCAAAUUGAACAAGAACUAGGUACCGAAAUCAAACCAAUUCCUGCUAAUAUCGAUGAAUCAUUAUAUGUUGUUCAGGAACCAAGUACAGUUCCAAGGCCUUUUAAAGCAAAUGUCAGGCAUCAACAAGAUCAACAAGAACAGCCAGAUCAGUAA